AUGUCUCUACUCAGCACUACAUCCCAGGGUUAUAUAACAUUACCCAAAAAUUAUAUGGUCGAUACCGAUAUAACAAUACCUGAUUUAAUAACAAUACCUGGUUUAAAAUGCAGCACCGAUACUCAUUUUAAAAGUACGUAUGUCGACAAACGUUGCGUCAUCAACCAUGUUGAUUUGGUGGCCAAGAACGUCGUGAACGUGGAACUGAAAAUUUUACCCGGCAGCGAUGAAGCAACUUGUGUAGUUUCUUUGACAUCGGAAGCAAACUGUGAGCUGGAAAACUUUGCAAACGCAUCGAUUUCUAUCACAGGCAGAGAAGAGCAGAUUUCAACAAGUUUGUGGUUCAACGAAUCGAGCUUAGAUGUCGCCUCAAUCAAGGUGUGCGUGCAGACCGAAUGUCACUCCAGUCGUUCAAGAUACAGUUAUAAAGAAAUUUAUUUUCUUCCAACUGGAGUACCGCCUGUUAUAAAAGUCUGUGAAGUUCAAAAUCACUUAACGCUAAUAGAAAGUAAAAAUUUUGAAGGCGAGAAUGUGUACCCGAUUGGUGUGACUCACACGGAUGUGCACAUGAGCUGCUCCUUCGAACGCGAUCCUGGACGUACCAAGUAG